UCCCCCGAUUUCAUCACCACCCCUCCCUCUUCUACACUCUCUCCUUUUAUUAUUUCUCUUCAAUUCACACACACACACACAAACAAACACUCUCUUUUCUUUUCACCAAAACACACACAUUGACUUUUCUUCCCUCUUUUGGCAUUUAUAUUCUAUCUCUCUGUCUACAUAUCUCCUUUAUUCUCUUCCUGGGUUUUGCUAGUUUUACACUGAAACAUAAAAAAAAACACACACAGUGAGUGUGUGAUUUCUCCAUGGAUUCUUCAUCAACAACAGUCGGAAUGAAAGAAGAAGAAGAAAGGCCACAUGUUUUGGUUGUGGAUGAUAGCUUGAUUGAUCGUAAAAUCAUGGAAAAGCUUUUUACCAACUCUGCAUGUAAAGUGACUACAGCAGAAAGUGGGCAGAAGGCGUUGGAGCUUUUAGGCCAAGGAGAAGACAAACACACUCAUAUGAACAAACAGGGCCCUAAGAUAAAUUUAGUUGUUACGGAUUACUGUAUGCCAGGAAUGACAGGGUACGAUCUCCUUAGAAAGGUUAAGGAAUCAUCUGAUAUAAAAGAGAUCCCGGUGAUUGUAGUCUCAUCAGAGAAUGUCCCCACUCGAAUUGAGAAGUGUUUGGAAGAAGGUGCUCAAGAGUUCAUCCUUAAACCCCUCAAACAGUCUGAUGUUAAGAAGUUAAGAUGUCACAUGCAGUUCAGGCGAUCAAUAAAGGGAAGGCUUUGCAUUGGGGCCUAAAAAGAGCAACUAAACUUGUGUUGGAGAAGACAUUAUUUCUUCUCUAGGAGAAAAAUAUUUGUAGUUAAUGUGUAUCUAUGGACACUCAUGGUUGAAACUUUCUAUCUAUGCUAACAUUGUGUUGGAUUUAACUUGGUUUAAAUUUGUCCUGAUCCUGUCAUUUCAAAA